AUGGUGAACAAGUACUCGGAGGGCCGAGUUUUCAUCGCAGGAGAUGCAGCGCACAUUCACUCACCCACUGGAGGCCAGGGCCUCAACACGUGCGUUGCUGACGGGAUCAACCUCGCAUGGAAGAUCGCCCUCGCGCACAAAGGCCUCGCGACAGCAGACCUGCUCACGUCGUACCACACCGAACGCCACCCCAUCGCCGCCGAGGUCAUCAGAAUCUCGAGCUCGCUCUACGUGCAAACAGUAGCCACGAGCGCGGAGGAUAUCAACGUCCCCGUCACCGCAGAGGAGUCCAAGAAGGGCGGUCUCAUUCGCUGGCGUGUCGCCGGGCUCUCGCAGCUCGAGAUCAACUACCGCUGGAGCCCCGUCGUGCGCGCGGGUGACCGCGCUCCUGAGGCACCUGGGCUGGUCGAUGCUGCGGGGAAGGCGACCUCUCUCUUCGCGAUCUUCAAGCCGGACGCGCACACUGUCUUGGUGUCGUGCGCCGACACCGGCGACGCGAAGAUCGUGGACGUCGUCGACGCCGUCAAGGCUCUCCCGGCCGGCCUCGCUGUCCGAGUCGUCGCCAUCGGCUCGUCUGUAGUCCCGAACGUCGAGCGCGAAGUGGAGGGAGUCUAUCACGACGGGGCCGGCUGGUUUGGACGCGCGUACGGGCUCAUGGGUGGAGCUCCGCCUGUCGUCGUGGUGCGGCCGGACGGAUACAUCGGGGCGUUCGCCAACGACGCAGCUGGUCUUCGAGAGUACUUCUCCAAGAUCGUCGUGAUGUGA